AUGGCAGUGAACAACACCGCCAUCCCGGUGUACCACGAGAAGCUACUGACUGUAAGCCUCGGCUUACGACGGGACUUUCCUUGGCUGUUCCUGGUCGCCGGCGUUUCUCAAGCCAUCAUUGGUGCGGACUUUCUUCAUCAUUUUCGCCUUUCUGUUGACGUCUCCAGACGUCUACUCGUCGACGGCUGCACCAACCUAUCUGUCCGGGCGAUCUCUGCUCCCCCACCCAACGAGCCUUUCAUCGGAGCGUCUCUCCCUACCGUUUCGCCACCCUUCCACGACCUCCUUCGGCAGUUCCCGUCGCUCACACAGCAGCCGGACUGGACUCUGCCCGUUAGACACGAUGUAGUCCAUCACAUCGAAACGAAAGGACCCCCAGCUUUCUGUCGCCCGCGCCCUUUGGGUCCAGAGAAGAUGAAGAUCGCUAGGGCCGAAUUCCAACACAUGUUGGACAUAGGCAUCGCUCGCCCGUCAUCCGCGAGCUGGUCCUCUGCCCUUCAUAUGGUCCCUAAGAAAACGGGCGACUGGAGGCCAUGCGGGGACUACCGCGCUCUCAACCUUGCACUGUCUCCGACAGAUACCCCUUGCCGCGCCUUCAAGACUUCACGGCGCAUCUUCACGGCACGAAGUGCUUCUCUAAGAUAG